CCACCAUCACCACCACCACCACCACCACAACCACCAUCACCACCACCACCAUCACCAGCACCACCACCACGACCACCACCACCACCACCACCACCACCACCAUCACCAACACCACCACCACCACCACCACCAUCACCACCACCACCACCACCACAACCACCAUCACCACCACCACCAUCACCAGCACCACCACCACCACCACCACCACCACCACCACCACCAUCACCAUCACCACCACCACCAUCACCACCACCAUCAUCACCAUCACCACCAUCAACACCACCACCAUCACCACCACCACCAUCACCACCACCACCACCAUCACCAUGACCACCACCACCACCACCAUCACCACCACCACCACCACCACCACCACCAUCACCACCAUCACCACCACCACCACCAUCACCACCACCACCACCACCAUCACCAUCAACACCACCACCACCAUCACCACCACCACCACCACCACCAUCACCAUCAACACCACCACCACCACCAUCACCACCACCACCACCACCACCACCACGACCAGGACCAUCACCAUCACCACCAUCAGCACCACCACCACCACCACCACCACCAUCACCACCACCAUCACCACCAUCACCACCAUCACCACCACCACCAUCACCACCACCACCAUCACCACCACCACUACCACCACCACCACCACCACCAUCACCACCACCACCACCACCAUCACCAUCAACACCACCACCACCACCAUCACCACCACCACCACCACCACCACCACCACCACCACCACCACCACCACAAUCACCACCAUCACCACCAUCACCACCACCACCACCAUCAUCACCUCCACCAUCACCAGCACCACCAUCACCAUGACCACCACCAUCACCACCACCACCACCACCACCACCACCAUCACCACCACCACCAUCACCACCACCACCAUCAUCACCACCACCAUCAUCACCAUCACCACCAUCACCACCACCACCAUCACCACCACCACCAUCACCACCACCAUCACCACCACCACCAUCACCACCACCACCACCACCAUCACCACCACCACCACCACCACCAUCACCACCACCACCAUCA